CACAGGCAUCAAUCGACUUAGAAUAGUUUGAAACAUCCAGCGUUGGGUGGACCGACGUCUCUCUCUGAUUAAUUUCAUCAACAGUAGCAUGGGUCGUCCUGAUUCGGAGGCGCCGACGUCGAGCAUCGCCGCGGUGCUGGCUGCUCUCCACGACCACGCCCACGGACACGGGGGAGGCGCGGGGGCGCCGACGAGUGCGGGCUCGGCCUUCGACACCAACGUGGUGAUCAUCCUUGCCGCGCUCUUCUUCGCGCUGCUGUUCGCCAUCGGGCUCAACUCGCUGGCGCGGUGCGCGCUCCGGUACGUGGGGCGAGGAGCCGCGGUCGCCGUCGGCCAGGCCGGGGCGACGGAGCGGGUGGCCUGCAGCGGCAGCGGCAUCAAGAGGCGCGUGCUGAGGAGCCUCCCCGUGGAGGUGUACGGCUCCGGGGAGGACAUCGACGACGUGUGCGCCAUAUGCCUCGGGGAGUUCGUCGACGGCGAGAAGGUGCGCGUGCUGCCGCAGUGCGGGCACGGGUUCCACGUCCGGUGCGUCGACGCAUGGCUGGUGUCCCACAGCGCGUGUCCGACGUGCAGGCGGCCGGUGAUCAUGGGCGCUCCCGCGAAGGGCGGCGACGGCGGCAUUGGCGGUAGCCAGUGCCCCGCAGAGAACAACACGAUCACAGUGGUCAUCGUGUGAGUGCAUCGUGCAACUAAGCAUUGCCAUUGCCGGUACCAGUUACCAUGACAAGGGAGCACUGUUCUGCAUGCGGAAGCUCUUGUAGAAUCAUCCGGCGAAUGUUGUAGUGCUUCUAAGAGCAUCUCCAGCCGUUGCUCCCCCAGGACGCAUAAAAUUCGCCCUCUGGGGGCGAGCCGGCGCUAAAUCCACGCUGGGGGCGGU